CUGUUGACUGCUGGUUCUCAUCUCAUGACUGGACCAACAGAGGAGUGUGUUGAAUAUCUAUGUGUAUGUCACCUGUUUGUAACAUUCUCCCACGGAUGGAGGUUUUGCAAUGUGCCUAGGUUUUUUAGAUGAUGAGUACCAAUGGAAGGGGCCCUUCUACUUCAUCCAAGGAGCAGAUCCUCAGUUUGGACUGAUGAAAGCUUGGGCAGUUGGAGACACUAACAAUGGAGAUGAUGAAUGGGGAGAAGAAAUCAAAUUAGCAGAGCAAGCAGUGCAGGCCAUUAACAAACUAAACCCUAAACCCAAGUUCUUUGUGUUGUGUGGGGACCUUAUCCAUGGAAUGCCAGGAACUCAAUGGAGAAAGGACCAAGAGCAAGAUUUAAAGAAUGUUCUGAAGAACACUGACCGGGACAUCCCAUUGGUAUUUGUCAGUGGAAAUCAUGAUAUUGGCAAUACUCCAACAAGAGAAACAAUAGAUAAUUAUUGCAAGAACUGGGGAGAUGACUACUUCAGCUUUUGGGUUGGAGGUGUUUUCUUUCUUGUGCUGAAUUCUCAGUUAUACUUCGAUUCUUCCAAAUGCCCCGAGUUAAAGCAAGCCCAGGAUCUGUGGCUAGAUGAGCAACUGGCUGUCGCUGAAAAACACAAAUGCAAGCAUAUAAUAGUAUUUCAGCACAUCCCUCUGUUUCUGAGAAAACCUAAUGAAGACCACGAUUAUUUCAACUUGGAAAAAUCAGUUCGUCAGGAGAUAAUGGAAAAGUUUCAUAAAGCAGGCAUUAAAGCUGUAUUUUCUGGACAUUGCCAUAGGAAUGCUGGAGGGUUCUACAGGGGACUGGAAAUGGUGGUUUCAUCAGCAAUAGGAUGUCAGCUGGGAGAAGAUACACAUGGGCUUCGAGUGGUUGUCGUCACAGAUGAAAAGAUUGUUCACAGAUACUACAGUUUAAAUGAACUGAGCAGCCAAGGCAUAGAGAAGGAGCUGCUAGACAUGCUUGCUAAGCAAAAUUAGGCUAUGGCAAAUGAUACGAUCUUUUCCAUAUUAGACAAAUAGAAAUAGUUUCAGAAAGUUUCCCCAAGCGGAAGAUACAGGUUUGUGAUUGUGCACCAUGCCCCAGAACAGCUCUCAAUUUCUUACUAUCCUAAAUAACAAGAAAAUUGUUGACAUGUCUCUCCUUUUGAAAAUGAGAGCUAUGAGGAAUAUCGAAGAACAGCAGAACUAAUACGAUGAUAUAUCAUUGAGAAGAACUGCUCUGAGAAUUUUUACUUUGCUCCUAGAUAAAACUUUAUUAGGGAGAAAGUGUAUCAAAGAGUGAAAGUUGUAGCUUCUAGAUAACCCUUUAACUUGAGUCUAUUUUAGUUUUACAUUUGAGAGGGUAUUAUAAAAAUCAAUAAAUUUAGUCAUUUAUGUUACACUCUGGGCAAUAUAAAUGUGGCAUUUUUUACUCUGUAAAAACAAAUCUCAAAAACUCCGAAAUCAACAGAAUCCUGCUGACUUUUAGCAACCCUUGGAUCAGAUCUUGUUACCUAGAGGUCGUAUUUUCUCCCAUUUCCCAUACCUUAUUUGCUUAGUUCUUCUGAGCCGUCAGCAAUGGGAGAGCAAGCACAUUCUGUUUUGCAGUCACAGCUUCCACUUCCGUUAUAUCCUUGCUUUAUAUAAUGAAAAGUCUAUAACUGAAGCUAAGAUAGAUGCCACUGACAGAAACUAAACAUGGAACAACUAUAUUGCUUUUUAAAUUUAACUACCAUUCGAUUAGCAUAUAUUCUUGCUGUAGCUUCAGAAGUUGGGAGUUAUUGCAUGGGGAGAAUAUUCUGUACAGAAUACUGUUAUCAGAAGUCACUUCAUUAAUUCCUAGACAAGGUGAGAGCUUUGAUUUCCAAAUGUAAUUUAAGAGUGCCUUACUGUAAUAUACAAUAUUAAACGUUGAAAACCCUAAAAAGUGUAUUUUCUUCACUGGAGUAAAUCUUUAAAAACAAAUUACAUAAAGAGAAAUUUAUGUGCUGCAAUCCAGUUACUUUUUUUAGCAAGUGUAUCUGAUUUGUUUACUGUUAAAUAAUAAAAAAAAAAAGGUCUUCAUGUAAUUAACACAUACUUGGUGUUAAGUAUUUAGUUGCGCACAUAAUCUAUGCCACAAUUACCUAGAAAUAGCAAUAGUGCUGCUUUAGCACCUGGAGAGGGAUGAACACAAACAACACUGGCUGAAAAAGUAAUCCAUUCCAGCCGUUCUUAUGUAUACUCACAUACAACACCAUUCCCUAGAGGAUAUUACAGAUAUUUAAAUAUGGUGCGAGAGAUUAAAUGCUGUGCUGACGAGUCAGUUUCAUCACAUUUUAGUCACAACAGUUUAUCUAGGCGGCUCCUUCAAGCUUGAUUUGUGGGGCUCAUGAGGUUCUAAAAUUACCUCUGUAGCAUUUCCUUGCAGCAGUGAAACAGCUGUACCGGCAGAGGGACCAGACCGAAUGUAGCCUACCAUCCCAUGACAGUAACUUAAGCAUAGGUAAUGUUUGAGUCAGAAAGUUAUUUAUUCUCUGCCUGGUUUUGCUUAGUUGAACAUUUUAUCAGUCUCAUUUUUUUCAAGGGAACCUCUUGGAAAUGAGAACUAAAAAUCUAAGCCUAGAUUACUUCGAAAUAGGUGGGUACAUAAGCAAGUACCCAGUGGCAGUUUCACUGGAAGUUAAGCACCUGUUAGUUCAGCUACAGGUUUUAAAAAAAAAAAAAAAUCUGUGUACUUUGCUAUUUUUUGAGCCACUUCUAAAAUUUGGUGUUAUAUAGCUGCGAGCUAUUUAGUAAUCACAGCUAAUUAACAAUUUCAAGAAUGAGAUGAUGCUAGCGUAUGUUUUACAGAGGGAAGAACAGUCUCUCCAUGACUUAAUCUCUUAAAUCAGUCAGUUUAAAAUUGUAAGGCCAAAGAAAUUCAGCAGAGGGACCUGAGAUGAUAGUCUCAGCAUGGAAUACUCUCUCUGCUAUGGCACAGUACUGUAAAGCUGAAUGGAGGAAAAGCUUAAACAGUUUUUUAAUAAGCCUGUUUAUUAAAGGAUAGCAUAUUAAGUAAAUAUAUGAAGCUCAGUAAAUUGAAGCGUAACUUUGGGAGAAAGUCUCCACAAAUAUGAGAAUGCUAAUAGUAGUGGUAUAUGGUGUUCUCAGAUUUUCUUUUCAGAGUG